AUGGGAAAAUACAGCGAGUAUUUUCUGGUACACGAGAAUAUGCUGAUAUGCAACACGUGCAGCUGGGCAAUACCGAAGCCGAAGGACUGCACGACGUCGUCACUGCUCCAUCACCUACGAAAAAAACAUCCAGACCUCUACAGCUCUUUCAAAGAUCGUGAAGAUCGAACCAAAUAUGAACGGGCGACUGCUGCGGAACGGGCUUUGGCCUUGGCGCAUGGCUUGAAACGCAUUUGGAAAUCGGAACCUGAGGCCGGUCCAGAGCCUUCACAACCAAAGCGACCGAACUGCAAAGCAGGUUCAUCCUUUGCGUCAGAGGCGACCAUAUGGGAACCACCACAUCGCGAACGCAUGGAUAACAUCGAGAAGGCCAUUACCCAGUUGUUGUGCACCGCUACACUGCCACCUUCUUUCGUUGAAAGUCCAGGGUUUCGUAACCUCAUCACUGUGAUAUCCCCGCGAUUCCACCUAAAGCCUCGAGUCCACUUCACCGAAAACUCUUUGAGUGCUUUGUACGAGGAGUAUACAACGAAGAUAAGAACGAUGCUAAACUCAGCAUUGUUCGUUAGUUUUUCCACUGACGUAAGAGCGCUGCCGAACAGCGACGAAUUGCUACUGACCUUCACGAUUCAUUUCAUCGAUGACAGGAUGGUUCCUCGAUUCGCCACCGUUUCGGCUAAUCUGAUCCGUGAACUUCCUACCCCUGAUGAGACUCGAGCGCUUCUCGCGAAGGCUCUGAACUCAUUUGUAAUAAGUCAGGAGAAAGUGCACAUUCUCGUCGAGCACUGGCCAAUACCAAGUGUGACCACUGCGUCGUACGUGAAGCAUAUGAGCGACUUUUCCCAAAAGCUUCAAAAGGCAAUUGAUGAAGGGCUGAAAUUGGUGCUGAAUGGGAAUGACUCGUUCUUCGCACAAAUGAAGCAGAUUGCUCCGAAGGUGUGGAAAGGAGAUAUGGAAAAGCGUUUCAGAAACUGCAGUCGAUUAUGUAGGAUAUCGACAGGAGCGUCGGGAAAUCGAAUGUGCUGGAAUUGCCUUUAUGUGUUGCUGUGCCGUUUGUUGGAACAGAAGAACAGCCUGGCCUUUGUCCUCGUUGAAGCGAAUUCGGAUAAGUCCCCACUGGACAGUUCCCAAUGGGAACGGAUACGCGAAAUCGUCGACGUGUUGAAGCCCAUCGACUUUGCAAUUGGUUUGGUGAAACAUCGCCAUUUCACACCGAUUUCGGUCGUCAUUCCGCUCUACAAAGUGAUUGUUCGCCAGCUGAGAGAGGACACGACUUCACUGAGCGACGUGAGAGAAGCCAUUUGUGUUGCCCUCGAAGAAUCCAUGGCUGGGUGUGAAGAUCAAGACGAGCUCUACUUAGCAACUUUGGUUGACCCACGCUUUAGAGCUGCCUAUUUCGCUGGUGAUAAACGACAGGAAUUCUUGGAGAAACUCGAAGAAAUGGCUUUCUUACCGGUGGAGAACCCGGCGCAAGGAGCUGAGGCCAAUGUUGAAGACUGUUCAAAUCCUUUUGUGGCUUUCCGGAAGUUUGAGCCUCCAUCAAUAACAACUCCUUCCAACUUGUCAAAGAUUGAGGCCGGCACUAGGGCAUUAUCGGAGCUCGAGGACUAUCUGUCACAUGAUCCGUCUUUCGUUACUGAUCCGUACGAGUUCUGGCAAAACGACGUCAACUCAGCAAAAUAUCCACUGACCAAGAAGUUAGCGCUAAAGUACCUGUCUGCUCCAGGGAUCUCGAUGGAUUGCCAGUCACUGCUGUCACGACUUGAAAGCAUAAACAGCGGGCUACACAGUAGCUGGGAACCAGAUGAGCUAGAGAAAGUCCUAUUCUUGCAUCACAAUAUAUUGACAUUUGGCUUUUAG